AUGUCUUCAACGUCAUUUAUUGAUCUUCGUUCAGAUACAGUAACAAAACCGACAGCAGAAAUGCGUCAAGCGAUGUUUGAAGCAGAAGUUGGUGAUGAUGUCUACGGUGAUGAUCCAACAGUUUUAAAACUACAAGAUAUGGCAGCGAAGUUAUUAGGCAAACAAGCAGCACUAUUCGUUCCAUCGGGAACUAUGGCCAAUCUUAUUUGUGUUCUUAACCAUUGCUCACAAUUUGGCUCGGAAAUGAUCCUAGGCGAUGAAAGCCAUAUACAUCUGUUUGAACAAGGUGGAUGUUCUACAUUGGGCAGAGUCCAUCUAAGAACGGUUCCGACACAACAAGACGGAACACUUCGGAUUCAAGAUAUUGAGCAACGAAUUCGAACUGUAAAAGAUGAUGCUCAUUUUCCUCGCACGAAACUGGUUUGUUUAGAAAACACGCAUAAUCGUAUGGGAGGAAAAGUAUUAACAGUUGAAUACAUCCAAAGCGUCGGGCAGUUAUGUCAACAAUAUGGAAUUAAAUUACAUAUGGACGGAGCAAGAUUGAUGAAUGCUGCAGUUGAAUUAGAUGUUGAUCCAGCGGUAUUAGUCGAAUGCUGUGAUUCAGUUUCGUUAUGUUUAUCGAAAGGCUUAGCAGCACCGAUGGGCUCUCUUAUUGCCGGUACGGAAGAAUUUAUUCGAGAAGCAAGACGAUUACGGAAAGUAUUGGGUGGAGGAUUGAGACAAGUCGGUAUUGUAGCGGCUGCUGGUAUUGUUGCAUUAACACAAAUGCCGAAAUUAUUAAAAUUAGAUCAUCAGCAUGCGAAAUUACUUGCUCAAGGAUUAGCAAAACUACCUGGCUGCAAAAUCGAUCCUGAGAAAGAUGUGCAAACAAAUAUUGUCUUUUUCGAAAUUGAUUCUCAAAAGAUUCAAAUUGAUGCAUCUGCGGUGGCUCAAAGCUUAGAAGUAGAGCAUGGAAUAUUGAUAGGUGUUAGCGGAAAGUGGAAAUGUCGAUUGCUGACACAUUAUAUGAUUACCAAAGAAAAUGUGGAAUAUGUUUUAGAACAGAUGAAGACCGUCUUCGAAAAAAAUCGAAUUUAA